AUGCAGGGUCUGUACACGUUCUGCGGAGGAGGCGAUGUGGUCUCUCGCACUGGUCUGGCCAUUCAUCAGUACUCGUGCAACGCAUCGAUGACUCAGAAGGCUAUGUAUAAUUCUGAUGGCGAUUUCCUUAUUGUUCCACAACAAGGAGAGCUGAAGAUCACCACGGAGUUUGGUCGAAUUCUCGUAGGAAUCCAGGAAAUCGUCGUCAUACCGCAAGGUCUGUGCCACUUUUGUAGUCAAAGAUCGCUAGGGAAUUUGUGA